AUGAUUCUUUGAAAAAGAAAAACUAGGUCUUCCACUCUUCCUCCACUCGGCAGAUUUCACUGACUCCCACCGGCGGUCUCCGCCUCCUCCGCCGGCCGCCGCCAUGCCGCACCUCGUCCGCGAGCGGCUCUACUUCGGCGACAUCAAAGACGCCAUCGCCGCCCUCACGGAGUCGUCCCCCACGCCGCACUUCACCCACGUCCUCUCCGUGGUCAGCUCCGCCUCCAUCUCCUUCAUCACCGACUGCCGCCCAGGCCCCUCGAUUCCCACCGAGGAGGUCCGCCGCGUCGUCGCCGGCGAGAAGGGCGCGCCGCCGACCGCAGCCGUGGCCCCCGGGACGCUGAUGCGGGUGGUGGAGCGCGCGGGCCAGGGGCUGCGGGUCACGCGCAUGGCCGUGCCGCUGCGGGACACCGAGGAGGAGGACCUGCUCGACCGCCUCGAGCCCUGCCUUGAUUUCAUCGAUGAGGGCAGGAAGGUCGGGAAUGUGCUCGUACAUUGCUUUGCUGGGGUGUCGAGGAGUGCUUCCAUCAUUGUUGCUUACCUUAUGAGAUCAGAACAGAAAUCUCUUGAAGAUGCAUUAGAAGCUUUGAAGGAGAUUUCAGAGUCGGCAUGCCCGAACGAUGGCUUUCUUGACCAGCUGAAAUUAUUUGAAGAAAUGGGCUUCAAAGUUGACACUUCAAGUCCUUUGUACAAGAAAUUCCGCUUAAAAGUGUUAGGUCAAUCCUACAAAUUUGGGGAGAAAAUAAGCAGCUAUAUGUUUGAAGAUGACCCUGGCCUUUCUCCACAGUCUGGCUCUUGUCAAGAUUCUUCAAAGGUUGAGCAACGUAAAACAGCUUACCGCUGCAGGAAAUGCAGGAGAGUUAUUGCUGUAGAGGACAAUGUUGUAAGUCAUGUUCCUGGUGAGGGUGAAUCUUGCUUUGAUUGGAACCGAAGGAAGAGUGGUCAUCCAUACAACAACAAAGAACAAGAUUGCUCAUCUUUGUUCGUUGAACCUCUGAAAUGGAUGACUCCAGUAGAAGACGGUGCUUUGGAAGGAAAGCUAUCAUGCAUCCACUGCGGAGCUCGGUUGGGAUACUUCAACUGGGCAGGAAUACAGUGCAACUGUGGCAGCUGGGUUACUCCUGCCUUCCAAAUUGUUAAGAGCAAAGUUGAUAUCAGCACCAUCUAGACCUCGGGUAUAGGACCCUCCCCUACCAUCAACAACUUUGAGAGACGAGGAGCAUGGCACUACUGGCGCCUGUCGGCUUAAUAUUUUGUGUACAAUAUGAACUAUACAGAAUACAAUGAAGCAGCGUCUUGUAUGUUUUUCCAUUGCUGAUCAGAAGCUGUGUGCAGCGAACACCGUGUAUUAGGGAUUUGCUGAUGUAACAAGUUGCCGUGAUGUCGGUGAUCUAUAUGGCUGGAAAUGGAUCGAAUAUAAUUUGAGCAGAGAAAGGCACACGAACUAGUGCAUUCAAAUGCGUGCCCAAUAUGAAUAGUAUUUCAUUCCUUUUUCAAGGUGCACAUGUAUCUUAUUAAGAUUCAAACUUUUUGUGAUAUGCAACCACCUAGUCUAACAGUUCUCAGA